AUGCAGGUGCUACUCCCAGUAACUAGAACGUGGAUAUUUGGUCCGUUCUUAGAAGAUGUUUCGACGUUACCACUUCGAGUCAGUGCUCUGACUUGGGCCGGUGUGGAUUCAAUCAACAUCUCGCAUUGGCUGGGUAAAGGCAUCUCUUCUGCUACAACGGAGGCUUCCGAUAUCGCUCAGACAAGAGAUCGACGACAACGAUCGCAGAAUGUUCGCAUCAUACCAUCUGGUUGUGGCAUAUUCUAUGCUUCGAUACCAACAUCGAAAUCUCGGUCUGUGCCGCUAUCGGCUUACAUGUCUGUAUCCUUUCUUCUGCAUUUUGGCUUCUUACACGUACUUUCGACGCUUUUGGACGAGAUUGCGCAUCUGUCGUUAGCAUUCUUGCUAUUACCUCCUUCCAUAAUAUCGUUAAGGGGGAGACCAGCACCAGCAAACGUGUCAUCAGACGAUUGUUCGAUUUGCCUUGGAACUGGUUGUGACGCAGAUGGUAUAGAAUCCGCAGAAGUGCUAGUCAACUUUUGUAAAUCUCAAAAUCAUGUUGCUCAUAUUGGGUGCAUGGUCGCUUGGUAUCGAUCCAGUAGAUCUAGGAGGAAGUGUCCGAUAUGUAGAGGCCCUCUCAUUGUGGAGGUGGUAACAGCAGAACGAGUUAGAAGUGAACGAGGUGUUCUAGGGUCUCUGGGAUUCUUUUUCCAAAGGAUUGAGUGGUCGAGUGUGCUGUACCGCUCAUUGAUAUCGACAGCUUGUGCUGCAGGUGUGUAUACUACGUUAGUGCUCAAAGCUGCUCUGGAGGAAUUCAGCACGACAAGAUCAAAAGCCAUGAAAGUAACGGCAGCAGCAGCGACAGGCAACUUGAAGUGA